CGCGGCAUCACUGGCGUAGACAUCGCGAAAUGAGGCUCGACCGGAGGAGGAAUGCCCCCGUUCUAGACGAACUAGGCACCGGCCUAUUGUGAUCUUCUUCGGACUAGGGUGAUGGGCAACUAGGGUUUCAAAGCUCCUCUUUACUCCGUCCACGAGUACCGAACUACAGUGCCAUCCCAUCCGUCGUCCUUUCGACAUGCCGAAGGCCGACACAAUGGCGGAACACCAUAGGCGACCCCCAUUCGACCAGUCUUACAAAAACGCCUCCGGCUUCCCCAACCCCGACCGCACGUUCGACAUCCGUAAAAUCCGGCAGGGCAUGCAAGUCGCGAGAACAAACGCGUCGAGCAUCGCCAGAAAGCAUCCACAGUACACCCACACCGACCUCCUCAUCCCCGGCAUCCCGGGAUCCAGCAAUUCCCCAAUCACUCUUGCGCUGUGGCAGCUUCCUUAUUCAUCGUCUCCCGAGCAGAAGAAGUGGCCGAAUGGAAGAUCGGUGAUAUACCACAUUCACGGCGGUGGUCAAAUAGCCGGUGACCGCUUCCUCGGGCUGGAGUCUGUCGUGUCUCACUUUGAGCCGCAAGAGAAUAUUGUAUUCGCCAGUCCAGAGUAUCGGCUUGCGCCGGAACACCGUGCUCCCGCGGCGGCGUACGAUGUGUACGCCGGCCUGGUGUAUCUGGUCGAGAACGCAAAGGAGUUGAACAUCAAUCCUAGCAAGAUUGUCCUGUAUGGAAUCAGUGGUGGUGCGGCGCUGGCUGCGAGUGCGGCGCUGUUGAGUCGGAAAAUUGGUGGGCCGAGGUAUUGUGCCUUGGUGCUAGAUAUACCUAUGUUAGACGAUCGGGGAUCAGUCUCGAGAGAGCAAUUUGACGAUGGUACAGUAUGGCAGGGCUGGAUGGAUGUGAAGGCUUGGGAUGCCGUUCUAGGUGAUGGUGAUAGGAAUGAUGGUGAUGGGAUUAGAGUUGCUGGCAGGGCGGAGGAUCUCAGUGGGCUCCCCGAUGUAUUCAUUGACAUUGGGGCGUGUGAGAGUAUGAGAGAUUCUGCAGUGGCGUUUGCGAGCAGAGUCUGGAAGGAUGGCGGAAGAGCAGAGCUACAUGUUUGGCCGGGUGUGUAUCACGGAGGCGCUAUGUUUGAGCCUGAUGUACCAGUAAGCAAAGAGAUGACCAGAACGCAGAGAGGGUUCUUGCAGAGGGUGUUGGGCUUGGGUGAAGAUGACAGGAAUAACGAUGGGAAAGCGAAAGCAAAGGCUAUGCUUUGAUAGGUUUUAGAAGUGCACACCAGUCUUAAUUCCGAAUUCAAGGUGCGUG